CUUGUCUCUGGGGCUGGAGCUGCAGGCUGGGAGGCAAGGAGCCACUCCUCGGGCCGUCCUGCAACCUCCCCCCAUGCACGCGGGCCGGAUGCUGGCUGGGCGAGCAGUGGUGCUGCUCUCCCUGGCCUGGAGCGCGCACCGCAGCUUGGCCAUCCCCCAGAUUGCAGAAUGCGGCCUCUCCUGUUCGCAGGGCUUCGCCUGCAAGAGCCGAGUGAACCGGAACAUUUUUAACAGCUUCUGCCGGCCACCCCCCUCAUCCGUGUCCCCAUCGGUCCUGGAGGCCCUGACACUCUCCACUGCCAUGAAGUGUGCCCCCAGUGACGGCUGUUCCCUGCUCCUGAGCGUGCGGGCGACCCUCGUGCUGCAUGAGAGCCUGCGGGGCCUGGAGGCCUGCUCCAUGAAUCUGGACACCCAGGAGACUCAGUGUCAGAGCGUGCGGGUCUCCAGAGCCUCCCGCCACCGGCAGGUGGGGUGGCAGCUGCAGGUGCAUUUUGAUUGCUUCGAAGUGAGCGUGGCUCAGAGCCUCUACGUCACCCUGAGGACCGUCCCCCACUUCUGCGGGGUCCAGCUAGACCAGCAGUACCAUGUGGAAGACUGCAGAGACGAGGACGUGGGGAGGAACGUGCCUGUUUGCUUUGCUGGGAAGUUCUCCUACUGGGCGGACCGCAGCCGGAAGGUCAUUCUGAUCCAGGUGCCUGAGGCCCCCGGGGCCCCCGACUACUACGUGCGGCUCUGCCUGAAGUGGUUCACCUGCUACGAUGUGGGUGUCCCCGUGCGGGUGACAGUGAACCAGAUGUCCCGCACCGUCUCUCUGCCCUACAGCCAGGAGCUGCCAUGCCUGUGCCUCGAGGGCUGGUUUGCGACCCCUGAUGCCGUGCGGAUGCAGGCCUGUCCCUUCGAAGAUGGCAAGUGCCUUACGACCCUGUGGGAUGCUAUCCGCUACCACCCAGGGGACCGGGCACUGAGCUGGGAGCCUGCAUGUCCCGUGAGUGGCCACGUGAGCCUGUGCUGGCGCCCGGGGCCAGGGGCCCUCUGCCACAACCUGGAGCACUCGGUCCGGCCGGCGCAUGGCAGGGUGCAGUACCCGUCGGUGGACGCACAGCCCCGGCUCUGCCUGAAGUUCUCCACCAGCCGUGGCUCCUGGGUACGAUGCCCUUUCCAAGAGGGACACUUCCAAGCCUGGAAGAUGACCGUCCGGCCAGCCGCCUCUCAGGGCCACCUCCGGGUCACCUUCUUCUCGCCCAGUGCCGCCCAUUUCCAGGUGCACCUGUGUCACCAAAGGAAGAAGUGGCCGCCUGCCUGCCGCCCAGGGCCCCGGACCACGACCCUUGCCCCAGCCUCAAGUGACUUCGUGACUGACCUUGCGGUGGCCUUUGUGGACAUUCCCAGGGAAGAGGCUUGUGUCCCCAACACCUGCAUCCAGGGCUGGAGGACUGACGUGACUUUCUCCGCCCCCCACCAGCUGUGUGACCUGCAUUGCACCACCACCCAGGGGACAGCAGACUGAGGCCACGAGCCUCAUCAGGCGCCAGCCCGUGCCCCGGC